AAAUGAAGCGGCGCAGUUGAAUUGUGACUGAGUGAAAGGCUUAAUUCGUAUGUACGGCGUACUUUGAUGGCAAUCGCAAUCUGCUCUUGCCGUAUGACAGUUCUGGCCCCUGUGACUAUGUCGUGACAGAUAAACACAGCCUCUUUUUUUCUGACUUAAAACAUCUUUCCCUCCAAACAGAAUAUCGCACUUCCUCCAUAUUCAAUUUCUUCUCUCGUCGAUAUCUACCUUCAAAGAACUCAUCAUGUCGGACUCUUAUCAUUACCAGCACAAUGCGGGGAACAGCCCUCAGUACGGCGGACAGGGUUACUACCCACCUCCACAGCAGGACUCGCAGCAGGGAUAUUAUCCACCUGCCCAGUCUUACUCCGCUCCUCCCUCUCACGAUCAGUACGGACAGUCGCAUCCAUACGGUGCACCCUACGGAGGAGUUCCCGACUACACCCAGAACUCGCAAAUGAACCAGCCUCAGCAAGGCUCGAACGCCUCCUACUACGGCCCUCCAGCAAACGAGAAGUCCCCCCAGGCCGGACAGCAGCCAACGGGCACCCCCGAACAGGGACAGGCGCAGGAAGGCGAGAGGGGUCUGGGAUCGAAGCUAACUGGUGGUGCGGCCGGUGGUUUCUUGGGUAAGAAGUUGGGCGGAGGAUUUUUGGGAGCGACCGGGGGUGCGUUGACUGGUGCUGCCGGAAUGGGUUUGGUCAGCAAGUUGCGCAAGAAGCAUGACAAGAAGAAGAACGACAAGAAGUCCGAGAAGAAGUCCGAGAAGAGGUCUGAGAAGACUUCUGAGAAGAAGUCCGAGAAGAUACACCAUAAAGUGGAGCGUGCUGGACAAGGCUCUCACUCUACUUCUGGUUCGAGCUCGUCGGGCUCUUCUUCCAGUGAGAGUGAGAGUGAGAGUGAGAGCGGCAGUGGCAGUGACAGUGACAGUGGUAGUGGUAGUGACAGCGACUAGUGGCUUGGUUGAGUACUAUACUUGCUGUGUUAAUGUUUCACGUUUCAUGAUAUCCUUAGGCGUUUGAGGAAUUUGCUAUUAUUACACUCCUGGGAGAGAAAAGAAUCGCAUUCAGGUUAAUCUUGGCUACGUUCGAAGAGUGUCUCAAGCACUCGUUUUCAUACGAUGUAUCCGUUCGAAUUCGACCUCUGGUAGUCUCAAUUUGCAUUAUAAUGUCAG